UGGACGAGCAAAGCACAUCAACAGUGGAUGCGGACGCAGCGCACUCGGUAGAUCAUGAACCAGACAACAAGAAUGGUCAUACGCAUCCGAAGAUCCUGCAGCGGUUGGCGACGGUUCCUGACAUCAAGCGGGAUACCUCGGGGAUCACCACGCAGUAUAUUGGAGCUGGGAUAGUCAACUUAGGAGCACUGGCAGCUGGCGUAUGCGUUGCCUGGUCCUCAACAGCUCUGCCCUUAUUGGCACCAGGAUAUGGCGAGACACACACGGUUAGACCAGAUGUAUCUUCCGAGAUGACGACUCCAGCCGCCGUGGUGCAUAAUAUAGUGCAGAAUAAGAUUUCGCUUACAGAGUCUGAAGCCUCGUGGGCCGCUUCACUCCUCUGUCUGGGAGCGGUGUGGGGUUCAGUUCCCGCCGGACUCAUAUCAGAAUACUUCGGUAGAAAGAAGACUUUGCUCUAUCUGGCAUUGCCGCUUUUGAUAUCAUGGAUAUUAGUCGCUUCGAGCCCCAACGUGUAUGGACUGUACGUGGGAAGAUUCGUGAGUGGAAUAGCAGUUGGAGCAUUAAGCGUCGCCAUACCACCUUACGUUGAAGACAUAGCCGAAAAACAACAGCUCAAAACACUAGCUAACUUUUACCAUGUGCAUUUUAGCUGUGGAGUGUUAUUUGGAUAUAUUAUUGGAUUGGUAGAAAACACAUCAUGGCUGUCAGUUCUCUGUGCGACCAUACCCAUUGCAUUCUUCGUAGCGUUUAUCUUUCUUCCUGAGUCGCCUGCUUAUUUGAUGUCCCAGGGCAAAUUUCACGAAGCUAAAGCGGCUUUACGCUAUUACAGAGGCAUUGACAAUGAUAUCGAUGGAGAAAUCAAAGCUUUGAGAGAAUUUUUAAGAUUUUCAGCCAAGAACAGAGUUACCUUCAAGGAACUCUUCGGCACAACGGCAACACUGAAAGCAUUAGUUGUCUCGUUUGGACUAAUGAUAUUCCAGCAAAUGAGUGGAAUAUAUCCUAUACUUUUUUACGCGAGGAAGAUCUUUGAAAAAUUCGGGAUAUCCCUUUAUCCUCCAAGCGCAGCGAUAAUUUUGGGAUUCUCUCUGGUCUCAUCGACUUAUUUCUCAACAAUGCUGUUAAAGGUGGUGAGAAGACGAGUACUCUUAAUGAUAUCGUUCUCAGUAAUGGCUUUAAAUUUAGGAGGGCUUGCGAUUUACUAUCAUAUGAAAGCCUCUAAUAUGACUACCAAUAAUACGUGGAUACCUCUACUUACUUUAUGCUUGUUUGUGAGUUUUUACGCUGCAGGAGUUGGGCCUAUACCCUGGUUGAUGCUGAGAGAGAUAUUCCCUCCGAAUGUCACCAGAAGAGCCACAGCUAUCACUGCCGGAGUGCACUGGUUCCUAGCUUUUGGAGUGACAAAGUUAUACCAAAAUCUAGAAGACCUUAUUAAGCCUGGUUGGACACUAUGGCAUUUUUCAGUAACUUGUCUGAUUGGUACACUUUUUGUGUUCUUCUUUGUCCCAGAAACGAAAGGCAGGACCCUACAAGAGAUUCAGAAUGAGUUUGAAGGAAUCCAUAAAAAGAAGAGGCACAGACAUGUCAUAGAGGUUGAGAGUGUGUCUGAAGCUUAAUAUAAGACUGCUGGGGAUUUGGAUCAAAAAUUUUGUAAGGUUCAGUCUAAAUUGUUCCGUCUAAAGAGCUGCCUUACUUUAUGUUACGCCGGAGAAGUUUUUAUACAUUUCAAAUAUUAUGUUGCAGAAAAAUGAUCAGUUUAUAUGUAUAUUACAUAUAAAUAUAUAAGAAAUGUAAGAGAACACUAUAUAAUAUUUGGUGCCUUUUGAAUGAUCAGUAUUUUUAAACGAUUACCCGUCUGCUGCUGUUGGUAAAGCAAAUCGUGUUA